ACAUGUCUGAAUCAAGUUAUUGUACCAGGAGAAAGAGAAGAAAAUUGAACUGUGGGCAGCCUUAUGUCAUCAGUCGUUCCAGACGCAGAAAAGCAAGAACUGAGCAAGCUAAUUUAAAACGGGAGGAGCAGUGUAGAAUAUCUUGCAAUAUAUCAAACAACAAAUUGGAAACAGCCUUCUCUAGAUUGCCUUUGGAAUGCAAAGUAAGAAUAUUUUCCUUUUUAAGUGAUACUGAAAAAUGUGAGAUAGCCACAGUAUGUUCGGAUUGGGCUAGGGUAAUAAGAACACCACGUCUGUGGCAAGUUGCUGAUUUUACCUAUGCUUUGGCACGAAGUGAUCUACCCAAGGACAAAUGUGAAGCUAUCAGAUGUAUAAAGGAGAGGGCUACCAGCUAUAUAUACCACUUUGUUUCAAGGGGAGCCCUGCUUCGUUGCCUUUUCUUUGAGCUGGAUAUCAUCGAAGGCGAGGAAAUAUGGCUCAAAUUUUUGAUCUACCUCCUCAAAAUGACCAACUCGCAUGAGCUCAAGGUUGUUCAUGCAGAAUGGACAACCUCUCCAGAAUUCAUGCCAUUUCAAGCAGAGGAGAUGACCUGGAAGUCGGACAGGGUCAAGUCAUUUCUGUGCCUGCUGACCACUCUGAGCGAGAUGUGCCCUGCCAUUGAAGAAAUCCACACUCCUUUUGACUGGUCAUUUUCUUCUGUCAAAGCACUCUCAACAUUCAAACAGUUACACACACUGGAGCUUGAUAAGUACUGGGUAUUUGCUGUGCUACGGGAAGAGAACUUGAAUUAUUUGCUGGAGAGCUUGCCACGCCUGAAGAGGUUUAAGCUCAGUGUGAGUGUGCCUUUAAUCGGAAUGUUGUCCUUCCCACAGUACAUCAUGAGUUCAGAAUCUCUGGAGGUGCUGGACAUCUCCAACAGUACAUGUUUCUUCCUCAGGAGUGUGCAUCUACCAGCGCUAACUUCGAUUGCCACGGCAAGGAACCGUUGGACUGGUCCACUGUUGUCUAGAGAUGCCUUGAGUGUGCCUUGCCUCUACAACAUUUAAAGACUGGUGCCCCAAGCCUAGCAAUCUACAACCAAUGCAUUGUGAGAGAGGACUGGAGGUCAAGGGUCACACCAGUGUUUGAAGAUGCCUUGAAAUCAAGCUGCUACUGCUCAAGACAUAAGCGAGGAAACCUCUUGUAUUAGACUAUUACACGACUCUUUUAAUUCCAAUUUAAAUACAACUCAAGAUUUUUAUCUCAAAGUGUAACAAUUGAGGGAAAAGUAUUCCAAAUAUCAUUACAGAAUUAUUUUAAUAUGAUGAAACACAAUUUGAAACAUGAGAUGAAUAAAUGAACACUCACAGUACUGUGUAUAAUAACUGGGAUGGUUUUCUGGGGAUUUCCUGGAGAUGAAAUAUUCUUAAAAUUUUAAAAUACAUGUGUCAGCAUUCUGAGAAUCAUUUUAUUUUUUUAGCAAGAUUUUAUCUCAUUCAAUAUAUGCCCAUUUGUUAUGCAAAUAUGCAAUAACCAUUUUUUUUAUUUUUAUAGAUUUCACUCUCAUCAUGUUCAGCCAAUAAGAUCACUCUCUGUCAGACUCUUUGACAAGAGAGCUUGAAUGCGUUAUUUUUACAAUUUUCCCUGCACAUGCCACUUAAAAGCGCAAAAACAUGCUUUUGCUAGGAUUUCCUUGAAAGGUGACUGAAGUGUCCAUUUGCCAGGUACAUUAAGGUGGUAAGUCCCCAAACUUUAGUAGGCAUGAAAACUUAAAACACAUUUAACAUUCCAGUAAUUCCCAUUUCAAAAAGUGAUUGGAUUUUACCAGAACUAAAUGUCAUGACUGUGUCUUGCUGUGGCAAUGGAAACAUUCAUGAAAUGUAGUCCUAGUUAAAGAUCAAACCACUUCCAGAAAAGAAAAUCUCUUGGGAAAUUUGUAACUUUUUAUGCACAAAAAAGUUGUAUCCCACUCUAGUCGAUUCAAUAUUAUAUUUUAAAGAUGGUAGCUAGCAAAUUUGCUUUGAAACACAUUUUAAUCUAGGAUAUGUGUGAUUUUAGAAUUUUAAGACUCGAUACAUAAAUGCUUGAUUUCUUAAGAGUCGUGUGACCUUUUCUUAAAAUUUACUUUUAUUUCUAGGUAUAUGCUCUUAAAAGUCCCUUUUUUUUUUUACAUGUAACUAUUUGUAUAUGAUUCUGCUACAGCCAGGAUCUGGACUAAGCAUUC